UUGUCGACCAUGGCGGAAUGUGGUCGAGUUGACAGCAGCACAAGUACUCACACCAUGGAUAAAAGCAUUACUCUUCCUCCCGAUGAGAUUUUUCGGAAUUUGGAGAACGCAAAACGGUUCGCAAUUGACAUUGGUGGAUCCCUAACAAAGCUCGCGUACUACUCAACUGUUCAACAUAAAGUGGCCAAAGUACGCUCGUUUGACCACACCGCAAAGGAGGCACAUGGUGAUAAGCUGUAUGAAAUAGCUGUACAGGAAGAAGUCACUGCAAGACUGCAUUUUAUCAAGUUUGAAAAUGCUUAUAUUGAGACAUGCUUGGACUUUAUCAAAGAUCACUUGGUCAAUACAGAAACCAAAGUUAUAAAAGCUACAGGUGGAGGGGCGCACAAGUUCAAAGAUCUAAUUGAGAGGAAACUGGGACUCAAAGUGGACAAAGAGGAUGAGAUGACUUGUCUUAUAAAAGGCUGUAACUUUGUCCUAAGAAAUAUACCCCACGAAGCUUUUGUAUACGCCAAGCAUGCUGACUCUGAGUUCAGAUUUCAGAACACUCAACCUUAUAUCUUCCCCUACCUUUUGGUCAACAUUGGCUCUGGUGUGUCCAUAGUAAAGGUUGAGUCAGAAGACAAAUUUGAGCGAAUUGGAGGAAGUUCAAUAGGUGGAGGGACAUUCUGGGGACUAGGAGCGUUGUUAACCAAAACAAAGAGGUUUGACGAAUUGCUACAACUGGCGUCAAAGGGACAACAUACAAAUGUAGAUAUGCUAGUGAAAGACAUCUACGGUGGAUCAUAUGGUUCUUUGGGGUUAACAGGAGACCUUAUUGCAAGCAGCUUUGGCAAGUCUGCCACUGCUAAUAAAGAGUUUUCUAAAGAGGACAUGGCAAAGAGUUUACUACACAUGAUCAGCAAUGACAUUGGGCAGCUGGCUUGUCUCUAUGCCAAGGUUCACAACUUAUCCAGAGUUUACUUUGGUGGCUUCUUCAUCAGAGGACACCCAGUGACUAUGCACACUAUCACCUAUAGUAUCAACUACUUCACUAAGGGUGAAGUUCAAGCCCUUUUUCUAAGACAUGAAGGUUAUCUUGGAGCAAUUGGAGCCUUUUUGAAAGGAGCCGAGGAAGACAACCCAAAUCAGUAUAGCUGGGGUGAAAAUUAUGCUGGCAGCUCUGGCCUCAUGAGUGUUUCUCCUGAUAUGAAUCCGAUGCAGCGAGCACGGAGUGGAACAUUUGACAUGUUGGAAAUGGAUCGACUGGAGAGACAGCUGGUCAAACUGCCUUUGCUGCAGGAUCCCUCCUCGUACAUCCCAGACACAGUGGAUCUCACAGAGGAUGCACUGGCGCGGGAAUACUGGCUCUUCUGCUUUGAGGACGCCCUUGAUGGGGUUGUAAAAAGAGCAGUGGCGAGUCAGCCCGACAUGCCCGAGACCCAGGAAAGGGCAGAGAAAUUUAGACAAAAAUACAGACACAAACUUCAGACUCUUCGGCACCAACCUUUUGCUUAUGGAUCCCUCACUGUCAGAAGUCUGUUAGACACGAGGGAACACUGUUUAAACGAGUUCAACUUUCCUGAUCCCUACUCUAAGAUUAAGCAGAGAGAGAAUGACGUCGCUCUCAAGUAUUACCUAAAGGCAGUAAAGUCUCUGGAUCAGUUGGAGUGGGAAGAAAGGCAGUUUGCUCUGAUCAGAGGUGUCCUGGCUGGAAAUGUGUUUGACUGGGGCGCCAAGGCUGUGUCUGAUGUUCUUGAGUCCGAUCCUGAAUUUGGCUUUGAGGAAGCAAAACGACAGCUUGAAGAACGGCCAUGGCUUGUUGAUUGCUAUGACCAGUGGUUUGAGAGACUGAAGGGUCCUCCUCAUAGAUGUGCUUUAUUUUUUGUCGAUAAUAGUGGAGUUGACAUCAUUCUUGGUGUAAUUCCUUUUGUCAGAGAGCUUCUGUCUCGAGGAACAGAGGUGGUUCUGGCUAGUAACUCUGGUCCUGCUUUAAAUGAUGUAACGAACAGUGAACUACAAAUUCUGACUGAAAGAAUUGCUGCCAUGGAUCCAGUGAUACAAGAUGGACUGAGAGACGAGAGGUUGAUGUUGGUCCAGAGUGGUUCCAGUUCACCAUGCUUAGAUCUAAGCCGCCUGGACAAAGUGCUGGCCACAGUGGUGCGGGAGCGCAAUACUGACUUGGUGAUUAUCGAGGGCAUGGGCCGAGCCAUCCACACAAACUACUACGCUAUGCUCAGCUGUGAAAGUCUUAAAAUGGCCGUCAUCAAGAACUCGUGGCUUGCCGACCGCCUCGGAGGAAAACUGUUCAGUGUCGUCUUCAAAUAUGAGGUACCAGCAGGAAAACUGAGCCAUGACUGUUCAGCUGCCUCACCUUUAUGAACGUGAAAAAAACAAGCUAUUCAAUGGACUAUAGAUAUGAAUGUAUCGAUUAUGAUUGUUAUAUACUGCCAGUCGUUGAGGGUUUGAUCUUACAAAAUCUUGAAUCUUUUGAAUUAAAAUUAUACCUUUUUUUCACAUCUUUAUUUUUUCAUUAUAUAAUUUGUAUUAAACAUCCCAAGCGAACUUCAAAGAUCAUUUCAGAAAGCAUUUUCUUGAGCUUGUCACUACCUGAGCCAUCAAUGCAUCAACUGUGCAGUGGUUAUGUACCCAAGACUUUUGUGAUAUUUCCAUUUUCCAGACUUGGGACUGGACUAAUAGCUUAAUCUUCUGUCUCAGAAAAUGGUAACUAUGAAUGUUUUUUGUUUUUUAAAUAAUAGACAAGCUGCCAAUGCACAACACUGUCCGCCCACACUGGGGAAUAGUAUAUUUUGCCUGAAGAUUGUGUGCUUUUGUUCGAGUGAAUGAGACAUGGUGAGGUAAUUACAGCUUUUAGCCACAGCACAUGCUCAGAGUGGAUUUAAUGUGCCUUGAGACUGGGGCGAAAGCAUCAGUCGUUCAACAUUAAAUACUAGGACACUUGAUUGAAAGCAGUUGAGCACCAUAGACAAGAAUAAAGUAUCAUUUUUUAAGAUGCAAACAUUGUCACUGCCACUUGUGUAGCUCUUAACUUUGAGUGGCUUUCAGGGAAAUGUUUGUCAUUGAUAAGAGUAGAUAGAACCUAGAGUGAGGAGUUUUUUCCCACUAGAUGGCAGUAUUCACCUGCAGCGAACCGGCCCUCAGCAAUAAUAAAGACUUUAGUGUGAAAAGGGAGUUAAGUUGUUCAAUUCCAAGUGAAUGAGAAUGUAUGUCUUUUUAAAAAUACAUAAUUAUAAAUAUUACAGAGUACAUAAUGUAUUUGUUGUGAUUAUAAACUGAGCAACAAAAAUGAUCAAACUUUACAUGAAAUUGUAAUCAAUUGAUGUGAGCAUUGUAAACAUUCAAAAGGUCGCUUUGUUAAUUGACAUAAGCCUGUGAAAAACAAGUUUGUGUAUAUGUAUGUAUGUAUGUAUAGAAUAAUUUCAGUUGAAGCACAAUUUUGUGUUUGUCUGACAAUCAAUUUUAAUUAAAUCCUUUU